UUCGUUGUCAGUUUUGACGUAGCUGUGCGUUUGUGAUGACGUGCUGUGUACUUUUAAAUAUUAUAUUAUGUUUUUCAUUGAAUAUAUAAUAUAAAAUUAACAUUACAAAAAAAUGAUGGAUUUAAAAGAGAUUAUAAAAUGGUUCAUACCGUGUUUCCAUCUGUUGCUAAACGAUCGGUCGUUUAAAAUGGAUGUGCCUUUGACUGUUUUUUGUUUGUUAUUGCUUUUCGCGUAUCCCAGUUCCGCGGCUAAGUUGUAUAGCGAUAAUGAAGUUUCUAGUGUUGAUAGUAAUUUAAGUAAUUUUACCAAAAAUAUAGAUGAAAUAAAUAACGGCGGCCUUAAAACCGAACAAAAUGCUAAUGAAAUUGUCGAAAAGUCGGACGGUUUACUGGAUUUUUCGAUCGGUCGUACUUUCGGCCGUCCCUUCAAGAAGAUGCUGCAAGCGAUGAUUCCUCUCGCUUUCGGUUUGGGUUCCGCGGCCACGUGGGCGGUGGUCGCCGCCCUGGUCGGCAUCAAGACUUUGGCUGUGACCCUCAUCAUAUUGAAACUCCUCCUCGUGGCUGGCGCUGCCAAGUUCGGUGCAUUCUUCGCUUCUAAAUCGCAUUCAGCUCACGACUGGAGCCCGCAACAGAAAGAAAUACAUUUGCAUAUACACAACGGACACAGCGAGGAACACGUGCCUGUAUCUCCAUGGAACAGAGAGGGGGUUCAGAAUACAGCGGAGUCUAAGCAUGUGAAUGUUGUGUACGAGCCUUAUUCGGGACCUCAAACUAUCAGCACUCCUUACGGCCACUACAUGAGGAUUGACCCCGGGUACCAAAUACCUCAAUAAAGUAGGACGUUCCUUUAACAAAUUUUUAAUAUAAUCAUCGAUAACUUUCUUGUGUUAAUCCACUACUGCCAUUAUUUAAGUCAAAAAAAAAAAAUUUUUUUUUUCAGAAUCUAGAAAAUGUGAUUUAAUAUUUAAUUAAAUUAUGUAUUUAGUGGGUAGUUUGAAAAGUAUUAAUUAGUUUUAGUUUAUAUAUUAGUUAGCCUCACACAUAGGACUGUAUAAUAAAUUUAUUUUAGAUAUAAUUACCGAAUUGUUGUAAAUAAUUUAUUAGGUAAAAUUUAAUAAAGGUUAGAUUUAUAAUCACUUAGUUAUCAUUGCCACAAACAAAAAUUCCGGUUUUGAAUGGUAGAGGUAAGUUAAUUUUAAAAUGUUCAAGAAUUAAAUGUGUUUUUUUAUUAACGUUUUAUUUAUUUAAGACAUCACAAACUAAUGAAACAUCAAAAUGAAAUUUUUUUUUGCUUAUCAUUUUAAUUAUCAACGUCACCUUUGAAACUGAUAUUAAACUUUGCUGGUGACAUUCUUCCCACCUAGUCUCUGUGGCGGGAAUUAC